AUGGCUACAACCGGAGAGUGCCUAUGUGGCGCCUGCACCUAUUCAUACACCGGAGAUCCAGCCAUCAAGGCACUCUGCCACUGCCAAACCUGCCGCAAAAUCUCCGGCGGGACAAACACAGUCAAUUUCGCCAUCCCCGGCCCAAACUUCACCUUAACGAAGGGCAAGCCCAAAACAUUCGAAACCGAGCACGAGACCGGGAUGAAAAUAACCCUCUUCUUCUGCCCAGAGUGCGGGACUGCCAUGUGGAAGGAAGCUGAUUCGGAUGCCUUCAAGGGCUUGAAACUGGUUCAGGUGGGAACAUUGUCUGAUACAGCGCAGCUGGAGAAGGGGAUGGAUGCUGAGUUGUGGAUUAAGUACAGAGUGCCUUGGUUAGCGGCGGUUGAUGGGGUGGAGCAGAAAAGUCAGUUCUAG